UAUCUUUUAAUAUUUAUAGCCAUGUUUAUGCUUUAUAAAUUCAUUAUAAUGCAUUAUCAAUGUGUUUUAUAAAUUACUAAAAACAUGGCCUUAAGUAAAGUGUUACUGAAAGUUUUAAAAAGUUUUGCAUUUGCCGUUAACCUGUCAUUGUUGUUCUUUACACAUUUAUAAAUAAUAAUUUCAAUCUAUAUUGUGGCAUCCUGCAGUAAGUGCGAUCCUCCUAUUCUGACUGCAAAGUUAUCUUUGUCUCUCCUUUUACAUUAUUAAAUUGUACUAGUCAUUCCUGUGUAAGUAAUUCUUUGUUGGUGCAGUGUUUUAAUAUUGCAGAAAAGGUGGUGAUAUAGUUAUGCAGAAAGCUUCCAGACCUGAGCAGAGGUUUUUGCUAAAUUUGCAAGUCUUCAUUAGUCAUUCAUGGCCACAAAUACAUACAGAGAGGUGACCAUUUUCAAGGUGAAAUCUUAUUUGCAUCAUUCUAAAACAAAAUAACAUGACUGGUACCAUUUGGAAUGGAGUAUAAUUUGUUUAGAUUAUUUACACAACACAGAAGUUAGGCUUUGUAAAUCUGUUAUAUUUUUUGAAAGAGCUGUGGCAAGUAUUUUUAAUAAUUAUGAGUAAGUUAUAGUAUGUUGGCCUGCCAGAUACCAGCAAGUUGCCUAUGUGUGGUUGUGCAAUAAGGCAUACCAUAUUUGGUAUUCCUAAAAUGACGAUUGCUGAUAAAUUAUCAAGUGGUGAGGCUGCUUUGCAGCUAAAUGGUGGUGCACCAGGUGUAGGUCACAUUAGCAGCUACAUCCAGUCUAAUAGUGAUACUUAAACUCCCAGCAGGGUGGGACUGGCAUAUUCUACACUUUUUUUUUUUUUGUUUGAAGUGGAUAAUGAUCUGUCAUCUGGCUAUUGACUAAGUAGCUUUAAUGCUGUUGAAUUUGACUAGUUUUUUUCUAUAAGGCACACAAUGUUUUCAACUUCUAAAUAUUACUGUUCACAUAUCUUAUGUACUGUUACCACAUAUCAAACACUUAUUACAACAUUCUUUUGCUCCUAAUAUGGUAUUUGUGAAUGCCAAAAAGGGUUUUUCUUUGUAUCUUACACAUUUAAAUCAGAUUUCACUUGAAUUAGUAAGGAAUAUAAAAAUGACAGAAUAAGGAUUCAGUUCAGCCCAGUUGAACUUAAUUGAAUGUCAAGAUUUAAGAGGAUUCUUUGAAUUUAAGGUUUUUAACAUUUUCUUUUACACUCUUCUUCAAUAGCUGAGAAUGAUGUUUUGUGAGGAGGUGAUUUCUAACAUGCUCCAUUAUUGUAUAGCGGAAUCUGUUCAAAAUGUUGCAAAUGUUGUUUUAAUAUAAUGCACUCUCCGCACCCAUCUAAUUUAUAGAUAUUAAAAUAGAAGAUGGUCUUAUGCACAUCUACAUUUAAUGCUAUAUGACUGUUGACACCAGAUGCCUUAAAUGUGUUUAGUCACAACUGAAACAUGUGGGUUCAGUGUGGACUCGGCAGGUCUUUUGCAUUUUCUACACCUACAUGUGAUGAUAUGCAUUUCACCUGCUGCGUUUCUGUUAAUUGUAAGGUUUCGAUUUGUCAUUCGAGAAAUGCUUCGUAGGAAUGUGCACAUUUUCUCAUUACAAGCGUUGAAUGUGCAUCUAUUGUACAACAUUUUAAAGAGUUUUUUUUUCUGUUAUAUGCAACGUGAUGUGAUUUUUAUUAAAUGUAUAGACAGUGUUUUUUGAAGUAUCACAAAGGCACAUCUAGUGUUUAAGUUCUAAUGACUGCAGUUGUUAUUACCUAAAUGCUUGUAAAAGAUUAUAGCAAAAUCUGAUAGAAGUUACGUGCUGCGAGGUUUGACCAGCAGAUUAUUACGAGAAAUAGUGAUUUAAAAAAAAAAAAAUCAAAGGGUCACAGUCUAGUAGUUCGUUCAAAUAUUUGAAUGCAAUGACAAGUAAAUUAAGCACUGGGCAAAAAUACGUUACGGUAAUUCAAUACUUCUUACGUAGUGUAAAGUUCUCAAAACUUUGCUCUAUACUGCAUGAAGUAUUAUGAUGAAUAAAUCUUUUAAACGUUUCGUUCGUUUUGAUUGUUUUUUGCCAGCCAUAUGCUGUUGUUUAAUCAAAUUAUCAUAGCUAACAAAAUAUUUUGAUGUUUGGUGUUCGACCUAUGAUUUCAUCGCGACCUGCCCCUUUGAAAAAAUCAUUACAGAAACCGGAAGGAGGAAAGGGCUGCAUGCAUCCCCGGAAAAAGGCCACGCGCUCCGCCCCCCAGCAACCACUCAGGCGUCUAUAGUAACCGACAUUACGACUCGCUCAUUAAAUGUUUGAUGGCAACUGAAUGAACAAAAAUGCCUUUGCUUGUUAAGGAUUACUCGUGGACUCAGACACCGUCUUCAAUAUGCUUAACCAUCCCGCUUAAGAGAGCAAACCCUAGGAAGGUGGAUGUGUUCGCCACAGACGAAUAUCUUAAGGUACAUUUUCCUCCUUUUCUGUUAGAAGUCUUUUUCUCUGAAGCUAUAGACGAUGACACAAGCGUCGCAAAGAUUGGAAAUGGUGUAGCGGUAUUGACGUUGCGCAAAAAGGAGGACAGGAUGUGGGAACAACUUACAAUAGACGACGCUGACAAAGAGAUAUUAAAAUCAAUCAGAGAAAGAGCUGUGCUUAAAGCUCAGGAAAAGUCAGCAGCAGACUCAAAAACCAGGGCUGAGAAAAAACAAGAAGAAAACAAAUACACGUUGGAGAAGAUGAUGAAGAUAGAGGAGGGGCAGAGGAACAACAUUGAGAAAUUAAAAGCAGAUGAACGUGAGAGGGCUACAGCAGAGCUGGAGGCUUGGAAACUGCAACAAAAGCGGGAGGCUGAAAAGGAAGAAGCUCGCAAAAACAGGCAAACGCAAGAGCAGAAGAUACAGCUCAGCUAUACGUCCCAGUUAUCACCUACGAAAAAUACAGGCACCGCUAAAUACCAGCGAAAAGAUUGUGACAAGAAAAACCUGGCACCCUUGCCUGCUCCAAGGUCCCCUUGCACUAUCAAAAUUCAGUUCACCCCACGAGUAUUUCCAACAGCCCUGCGAGAAUCCAGAGUACCAGAGGAAGAGGAAUGGCUUAAAAAGCAAGCUGACGCCAGGAGACAAACGAGUACAGAUGUAUCAGCACUGAAUGACCUGAAGGAAGAUGAGCGGAACCCUGACUGGCUGAAAGAGAAGGGAAACAAAUUGUUUGUGACUGGUAACUACCUCGCUGCCGUCAAUGCCUAUAACCUUGCCAUACAGCUGAACAGGAAGAUUCCUGCACUAUAUUUAAACCGAGCUGCUUGCCACAUUAAAUUGAAAAACCUGCACAAAGCAAUAGAAGAUUCCUCUCAAGCGCUUGAUUUAUUGUUGCCGGCAGUUGCCGACAAUGCGGACGCCAGAAUGAAAGCCUAUGUGAGGCGGGGGACGGCUUUCUGUGAGCUGGAACUCUAUGCUGAAGGUCUUCAAGAUUAUGAUGCGGCUCUCAAGAUAGACCCUUACAACCAAACUGUUCUGUCUGAUGCAGAAAAAAUCCGGCAGUUCAUUCAAGGAAGUAUGCCUGACCAUUUGGCCCCCGAGAAGAACAUGUAGACCUUACAGUUCACACAGGUGUCCUUUAAUAGCUUUAAUGUGAUACAUGCGUAAUUGGGGCUCAAAAUAAAAAUGAGUUUAUUCUGCAUGUGUAAAACAUUCUACUGCCAUUAUCUAUAUAUGUAUAACUUUUUGUGCAGAUAGCUGGUUAUCAGCAUAUUGAUUGCCAAUAAAGAUAUCCAUAUCGUGUACUUUCUUACAUUUA